UCGCCACGUAAUGGACAUGAACAUUUAGGGUAUUCAAAUCAGAUUCUUUUGAUAUUGGUAUAAAUGCUCUGCUACGAUCGUUAAAUUAUACAGGAUAGAAAGGACCCGAAUGUAAACUGUCAAAACUGUUUUUUGUGAAUUCUCAAAUUUACGAAUUUCUAAAUCAAUACAGGGUAAGACAAUAUGACAGAUAAUAUGACAGACGCUGAAAGCUUAAGAGAAGCAAUCGCGCAAUAUGAACAACAGUUAGCUCAAGUUCAAGCAACCUUGUCCGUAACUACGCAAGAAGCGGAUAGGGAAAAUUUAUUAAGUUUACAAUCGGACAUACAAGAACUCAUUACUUUAACAAAAGAAAGCUUACAAGGUGUGGAAACAUCCAGUGAAGAUUUAGAUGAUGAUGAUGAUGAUGAUGAUGAUGUCGACGGCGAUGAUAUGGACGAUCCAUUGGCAAAAGAAUAUGCCUUGUUUAAGGCAGAACUGGAGAAAACUUCAAAUGAUUCUGAGAAUAAAGAACAGGAUAAACAAGAUGAUGGAGCUUCAAAUAAUAUAGAAGAUGAGUUGAGGCAGCUUGAAGGCAUGAAAUGUAGAGCUCCCCAUGGUAGCAGUUGGGGUGGCAUUGGUUAUCAUAAUGCUAUGAUAUGCUCUGUUUAUCAAAAUGAUAGGACAAAAAUAAAAAAUAUGCAAGAUAUAAAGGUCAGAGUACUUUUUCUAAAUCCAACACAUAAAGAAAUGCUUCCAUGUCCAUAUUAUUUGGAUGGAAAAUGUAAAUUUUCUGAUGAAGAUUGCAGAUUUUCACAUGGAGAAUUAGUAUCAUUAUCUAGCAUACAAGAAUAUAGAGAGCCUGAUUUUCAAAGUAUAAAAAUGGGUAGUAGAGUAUUAGCAAAGCAAAAAAAUCAGUUAUGGCAUAGAUGUAUUGUACUAAAAAUGCCUGAAAAAGAAGGAGAUGUCUUCAGAAUUAAAUUUGAAGCAAGUGGUAAUAUCACGGAAGUUUUCCUCCAAGAUCUUUUACCACUUGAUGAUGCAGAUUUGGAGAUGUCAGAUACAUCUGAAGAUAGUGAUGGUGAAAGUGAUUCAACAGAAUAUUCUAAAGAAGAAGUUGUUCAUAAAUCUCUUUUGACAGUAGAAAGUAAUGCACCAUUAGGAAAUUGGGAAAAAUAUACACGCGGUAUAGGUAGCAAGUUAAUGGCUCAAAUGGGAUAUGUAGCAGGUACUGGACUUGGAAAACAUUCAGAUGGAAGAGUAGAACCAGUUGAAGCAACGGUAUUACCAGCUGGUAAAUCCUUAGAUCAUUGUAUGGAAUUGCGAGAAAAUGCUGGUGGAGAUAAAAAUUUAUUUUCUGUGGAACGUAAAAUGCGAAAACAACAACAAAAAUUAGAACAACAAAGAGAGAAACAAUAUCAAAGAGAAAAAGAACGAGAAGAAAAUAAUAUCUUUAAUUUUAUAAAUGCAACUUUAGGUGAUAAACCUAAAAACGAAAUACAAAAAAAUAUUCCAAAAGGUAAAAAUAAUCUCAAGACAGAAUCCAAUCGACAAUUAAAUGUAGCAAGUUUACAAAUUGGAGAAACUAUUUUAAGAUUAGAAAGAGAAUCGACGAAAUUAAAAGAAUCAUUGACAAGACAUGCGAAAGGAAGUGUUCAUUAUAACAACAUUAUAAUGAAAUAUAAUGAGAAGCAAAAAGAACUUGUUAGUUUAAGAGCAUCUGAAAAAAGUAUUGCUGUUGAACAAGAUCAACGAAAAAAUAGAGCUAAAUUAUCAAUAUUUUGAUGUAUAUAUGCAAUUUUAAUUUACUAUAAGAAAUUAGCUUAUAUAUAUUAUCUAUUAAUAUGUAUAAAAAAUAUAAAUAAAUAAACCUUAUAAUAUAACAAUAU